AUGACGACCAUGGAUUUGCGUGUUGGUAACAAAUACCGUAUCGGUCGAAAGAUCGGCAGUGGCAGUUUCGGAGAUAUCUACCUGGGAACCAACAUCAUCUCAGGCGAAGAAAUUGCCAUCAAGCUCGAGUCCGUCAAGGCCAAGCACCCUCAGCUCGAGUAUGAAGCCCGCGUCUACAAGUCUCUCGCCGGCGGUGUUGGAAUUCCGUUCGUCCGCUGGUUUGGAACCGAAUGUGAUUACAAUGCUAUGGUUCUCGAUCUGUUGGGUCCCAGCUUGGAAGAUCUCUUCAAUUUCUGCAACCGCAAAUUCUCCCUCAAGACCGUCCUCUUGCUGGCCGACCAGCUCAUCUCUCGCAUCGAAUACAUUCACGCUAAGUCCUUCAUCCACCGUGACAUCAAGCCGGACAACUUCCUCAUGGGUAUUGGCAAGCGAGGCAACCAGGUCAACGUGAUUGACUUUGGUCUGGCCAAGAAGUACCGCGACCCCAAGACCCAUUUCCAUAUCCCAUACCGUGAGAACAAGAACUUGACCGGCACGGCUCGUUAUGCCUCGAUCAACACUCAUUUGGGGGUGGAACAAUCUCGCCGUGACGACAUGGAGUCUCUGGGCUAUGUCAUGCUCUACUUCUGCCGUGGCUCUCUCCCAUGGCAAGGUCUCAAGGCGGCCACCAAGAAGCAGAAGUACGAUCGUAUUAUGGAGAAGAAGAUGACCACCCCGACCGAGGUUCUGUGCCGUGGGUUUCCUAACGAGUUCGCCAUCUACCUCAACUACACCCGCUCUCUCCGCUUCGAUGACAAGCCAGACUACUCGUACUUGAGGAAGAUCUUCCGUGAUCUCUUCGUUCGAGAAUCAUUCCAAUACGACUACGUCUUCGACUGGACCGUCUACAAAUACCAAAAGAAUGCCCAGGCCAUUGCCCAGGCAGCUGGCAACCAGACCACUCAAGAUGACGAGGAGAAGCCACGACGCGGUGCUCACCCUGCGACAGCCGCAGCCACUGGGGCCCCCACUCCUCAGAAUGUCUCGCAAGCUGGUAAGCCCGCGGCCAUCUCCAGCUCUCGACGCAAAGUCAUCGAACGCGGUGCUAGCGGCAACGACCAGGGAGGAAGUGACAGGAUGUGA